UGGAGGCGCGGGGGCGAGAGCGUGCGGGGACAAGAGCGAAAGGGCAGGCGGCAGGGACACGGGGAUGGGUUCAAGGUGACGGGGACACGGGGAUGGAUUCAAGGUGACGGGGAAGGCGGCAGGGUUAUGGGCAACGGGUUCGAGGUAGGUGACAGGGACAAAGGUUCUGGUGUGAUAGGUUUGGGGUGACAGGGGCACACAUGGCAGGGUGACAUGACAGGAACAAGGAGCAAGGGGUGAGAGGAAGAAGGCUGCAGGAACACAGAGAAGGGGUUCGGUUAGCAGAGACAAAGCAGUAGGGACAAAGGUGACAGAGCAAGCAUUCUGGGUGACAGGGACAAGGCGACAGGGAGAUGGGUGACAGGGUGCAGGGGUCCAGGGGGACAGGAACACAGGUGAGGCAGGCAGCAGAGGAUUGGAAUGACAGGGAAAAGGCAGCAGGGUCAUGGGUGACAGGGACAAAGUAACAGGGUCAUAUGUGGCAGGUUCAGGGGGACAGGGACACAGGUGAUAUGUGUGAUGGGGAUUCUGGGUCAAGGGGAUAGAGCAGCAGGGACAAGGGUGGUGGAUUUGGUGUGACAAGGACACAGCUGAUGGGUUACAGGUGACAGGGACAUGGGACAAGAGUUCUGGGGAUUCAAGGCGACAAGGCAAUGGCACUGGUGGGGGGUGACACGCAUGGUGGGUGCCCACACUGGGUGCAGGGGGUCAAGGCCCAGGCACUCUGGGGAGGGGGUGUCACCCUGUGCCUUGCUGACACCCCUUCCAGCAGGGAAUGACCGUGGCGCCCGUCGUGGCCAACCUGGGGCCGCUGGAGGCCUUGACACUGAACCCCAACCCUGACGAGGUGGAGGAGGUGUUCACCCUGCCCCUGGCUCACCUGCUCUGCGAGGAGAACCAGGGCUACACCCAUUUCCGCACGGCCAGCGGCUACGGAUACACCUUGCCCGUGUUCCUCAACGGCCCCCACAAGGUGUGGGGGCUCACGGCCAUCAUCACCGAGCUGACCCUGGAGCUGCUGGUGCCUGGCCGCUACCGCAGGAAGACCCACGUGCCUCCCCGGAAAGCCCCGGGCUGAGCGGGGAGGGGGCAGGGGCGGCUGUGGGGUCCCGGUGCCUCAGCUCGCCAGCCGUGCACGGGGGAAACGCCUCUGAGCCCAGCAGCGAUGUCACACACUGUGAUUCAGUAAAAGCCAUGUUUGGAACUGCCCCGGGCUCCGAGUUGUGGAGUGC